AACGCGCCUAAGCGCGUACUUAAUGCCUGUAGCUAAAACGGGCCAUUUUCUGACCAAACUUUUUCAAUUGAUCAUAGCCAACACUUGGGCCACCGUCUGGAGGUGGACUGGAUGUGGGCGGUGUCAAGCUGGUGGACUGCAGACUGGGGACAGUGGACAGUGGAUAGUGGAGGUGGAUUCGAACAGGGCCCCGUGGACCUGGGACCGUGGAUCUCUCUCGCUGCUCCUCUCACUCAGAUACAAUCGGCGCCCUCGGCCGAAGUGGACACGGGACGGGACGGGGAUCGACUUGGCGAGUUUCCGGGCCAAGUAUGUUGUUGUUUGUUGUGGUUUGUCGUUGUUUUCGGAGGGAGAUGUAUAUAUGCGAUGAGAUUCUGACGUGAGUGAGUGAGCAAGUGAGAUGUUUCGAGGGAGUGUCAGUAAGAUAGUCAGCCAAACGAAAGCUCAGCAGGGUCAGAGUCCGAAAGUCACAAAGCAAAAGAGCAUUAUCCUCAGGAAAACCUCGCAACUG